CUCUAGUAACACUGUUGCGUUUGUUGAUCUCUCAAACUCAUUGUCUGAGAAAUUAUUAACCUUAGCCAAAAUCUAAAUAAAAAGUUGUUUCCUACUCUCAAAACCAUAUAAAAAUGUUGCCUGCUAAGUUUCUGCCGUGCCUUAUUUAGUUUAAUUGCUAAUUAAUUAAGUGUUAUAGUGAAAAUAACCACAUGAGUGAUUGGACGAUUAGUAUGCAUUUGUUUUCAUUAUGACAAAACGCCGAAGAAUACUUUACGCGGACAAAAUAAUUCAAAAUAUUAUGAAUGUGUUUUGUUUGUUAAUGUUCCUGCAGUUAAAAGGUUUCUAUGCAGUAGUAAGCAACCCAAUAUUGUUAUACUCAACGGCAUCAGACAUCCGAGUGGUGAACACAUCAAAACUCGGCAAAGUUGACACCAUAGUUAAGAACCUGGUGCAAGGGUCUGCUGUGGACUUCUUUCAUAGGAAGGAUCUUAUCUGCUGGUCUGAUCAGACCGCAGAGUUGAUACAAUGUAUGAGUUAUAAUGAAACUCAUGUAGGGGAUAAGGUUAGAAUAGUUUCAGAAGGAUUAAUAACACCAACCGGUAUAGCAAUAGAUUGGUAUACAGACAAAAUCUAUUGGACAGACGGGGAAACAAACAAAAUUGAAGUUAUUAGCAUAGAGCAGAGGUAUAGAAAAGUACUGUUCUGGUCUGAAGUGGACCUCGCCAGAGCUAUCGCUGUUGUUCCUAAAGAAGGUCUCAUGUUCUGGACAGAUUGGGGAGAAGUUCCCAAAAUCGAAAGAGCCGGAAUGAAUGGAGACCCAGCUACUCGUAAAAUUAUAGUCAAAGAAAACAUAUUCUGGCCCAAUGGUAUCACAAUAGACUAUGACAAUAAUCUGAUAUACUGGGUUGAUGCUAAGUUACAUUUUGUUGAUGUUAUUGAUUUUAACGGAGAGAAGAGAAAGAGUGUUGUUAAAGAGAACCUUGUGUAUCCAUAUGCACUUGCGUUUUUUAACUACAAGCUUUAUUGGACUGAUUGGAAAACAUGGUCAAUUCACACAUGGGAUAUAGCAACAAGUGGCCCAAUGAAAGAGCUGAUAAAAUCAGAUCCCGUACCUGUGGACUUGAAGGUAUAUGAUGGAAGCAGACAGCUGAUGCCCCCGGGUGACUAUCCAUGCAAGGAGAAUAAUGGAGGAUGCUCGCAUUUGUGCCUUUUAGCGCCAACACCACUAGGCUACGAAUGUGCAUGCCCAACGGGCUCGAAACUCAAAGAGAACAGCAACACAACCUGCCACGACAGUCCACAGUCACUCCUCAUCGUGGCACAGCGCUCCGCUAUAUCUAAGAUAUCACUGGACUCUCCGGACUUCACUCCGUACGCAUUACCUCUUAAAGACCUGAAGAGAGCCCUCACGGUGGACUUUGAUCCCAAGUACGAACAUAUUUAUUGGGCUGAUAGUUUGGCAAAGACAAUAUCUCGAGCACGCCUCGACGGUAGCGAACAGACAGUGGUGAUUCACAUUAACGGAGUGCCCGACAGUAUUGCUAUCGACCCUCUAGCCAGGAAUAUAUACUGGACUGAUCCAGUCACUGAUACUAUCAAUGUGGCCAGGCUUGAUGGUACUUCGAAGAAGGUAAUAAUCCACAACGAGCUAUACGAUCCACGUGCCAUAGCGUUACACCCGACAGCCGGCUGGAUGUUCUGGUCCGACUGGAACGACAAGAAACCUAAGAUAGAACGAGCUAACUUAGACGGCAGUGGAAGAAUGUUGCUUGUCUACGAGAAGUUGACCUGGCCUAAUGGUAUAGCUCUUGAUACGGUCAAGAAUAAGCUGUAUUGGGGUGAUGCUAGGACGCAUAAGAUUGAGGUGUGCAACAUGGACGGUACAGAGCGAAAAGAAUUACACAGCAGUGAGAUAUUACACAUCUUCGGUCUCACGUUACUAGGAGAAUAUCUCUACUGGACCGAUAUGCAGAAGCGGACGCUAGAUAGGAUUAACAAAAAUACAGGUCUAGAACGUCAGCCUGUAGUAGAACAAAUGGCGAACAUGAUGGGAGUGAAAGCGUUUCGCCUGGGAGAGUCGCUCGGGUGGAACCAAUGCGCGGAUAACAACGGAGGAUGUUCACAUCUAUGUCUCAACACUCCUGAACGAUAUGUCUGUAGCUGUCCUCUCGGUUUUGAACUUAGUAAAGACAAGAAAACGUGCGUGCAACCCGAAGCUUUCCUAGUGUACAGUCGUAAGAAUGUUAUUGGACAUAUUAGUAUUGAGAACGAAGGAAAUGACGUCGCUGUUCUACCACUCAAAGAUUUAAAAGAAGUCAGCGCAUUGGCCGUUCACGUAGCUGGUAAUAAGCUUUACUGGUCGGACGCUAAAACAAAGACUAUCAACCGCUGCUCUAUAAAUGGAUCUAACAUGGAGAAAGUUCUCGAAUGGAUGGGAUUAGUUGAAGGAAUAGCAAUAGACUGGUCAGGACAGAACAUAUAUUGGACAGACACGGCAACACAGCGCAUUGAAGUGGCUCGUCUAGACGGAUCUAGUCGAAGAGCGCUAGUCUGGCAGGGCCUUAAGAAACCCAAGAGCAUUGCCUUGGAUCCUAAUAAAGGCUACAUGUACUGGUCCGAACUAGGCUCGAAAACAAUCAAACGAGCCGGCAUGGACGGCUCAUCCCCCUCCACCCUCUUCGAACAAGUCGGAAAAGUGCACUCUAUAGCCAUAGACUAUGAACGCAAAGCCAUCUACUGGGCAGCUCUAGACCCGCCCGCCAUAGAGUUCGCCUUUCUGAACGGAACAGGGAGGAAAGUCCUCAUCAGUAACGUGUCUAUGCCUUAUACGCUGACCAUACAUAAUGAUAAGGUUUAUUGGGGCGAUUGGAAUACUGGCAUAGUAGAAUCAGCAACAAAACUGACAGGGGAAAACCGCAAAAUCAUCCAAACUGGCCUCGAAUACAUAUCAGAAGUGAAAGUGUUCGGCCGGGCCCGCUCGGGCGGACAAUGCGCGGCCGACAACGGCGGCUGUGCACACCUGUGCCUGCCCGCGCCCAGGGAGUACGUGUGUGCCUGUCCCGCGCACUAUAGGCUGCACAGCGAUAAUGAGACUUGCACUGAACCGGAAGAAUUUCUGCUAUUUGCCCAAAAGAACGCAAUAGGGCGCAUAGUAGUUGCUAAUGGCGAAUGUAGCGACGCGUACAUACCACUCACGGGGUUGAAAAACGUUAAAGCAAUUGAGUAUGAUCCUGUUAAUAAACACCUAUACUGGAUGGACGACGACUCCCACGCAAUCCGAAGGGUCCCAAUCUCAUACUCCGUGACAUCAGCCAUCACAGACUCAACCACCAUAGUCUCAGGGCUCAGCAGACCCUUCCAUAUGGUCCUCGAUGUCCUAGGAAGGGCCCUAUAUUGGACCUGUGCGGACACAGACUCUAUUAAUGCGACCUCUAUUGAUAGUAAUUCGUCGGUUGGCGUUAUAUUGAGAGGCGAUAAUAUGAUGCCUAGAUACUUGGCUUUUCAUCAGACUAAGAGAUUCCUAAUAUGGAACGACGCGGGCCUUGGCGUUAUAACCCGAGCUAACGUAGACGGCACCGCGCGUAUAGAGCUAGCGCGGGCCACCAACGUGACAUCACUCGCUAUCGACCACGGCUCCGGCACUGUGUACUGGGCCGUCAACCGGCAGAUACAUGCCGUCGACCUGGACGGCACUAACAAACGCGUGGUGUGGCAGGGCGGCUACGCGUCUGCGCUGGCGGUGUGGGGCGGCGGCGCGUGGUUCUCGGGCUCGGGCGGCGCCAUGCGCCUCGCACUCGCGCGCCGCGACUCGCCCGCGCUGCCCGUGCCGCACGUCGCCAGGCUCGUCGCUGCCGUCGCCGUGCACAGGGUGGCUCGCUCUCACCCGUGCUGGAUGGGCGGCACGUGCGGCGCGGGUGCUUGCGGCGCAGGCGGAGUGUGCGGCUGCGUGCGGUGCGGCGCGCCGGCGUGUCAGCCGCAGCGGUUCCUGUGCGACGCCGCAGCACCGGAUCCGCGCUGUAUACCCAUGCACUGGAGAUGUGACGGUCAGAAGGACUGCGAGAACGGCGCGGACGAGGCGUCGUGCGGCGCGUGCGCGGGCGGCCUGCGCUGCGCCGACGGCGCCUGUGCUGCGGCGCUAGGAGCUUGUGACGCCGGCGCCUACUGCGAGCGGGCGCCGCUGCCCGACGCAUUCCGUUGUGACGAACACCUGUGCUUAGCCCCCCGUCUAUUAUGCGACGGCCACCAACACUGUGAAGACGGGUCAGACGAGGCUCCCGCUACAUGCGGCUUCGCUGGCGCCAAAGAACAGACUGCGCAAACUACUAGACGCUCCAACGCUUUUGUCGUAUGUGGGUGCAUUGCUGGGGCUGCGGGAGGAUUGGGCGGGGCGUGGGCGGCGCUACGACGAGUGCGUCGUGCGGCCCGGGCCCCGCCCACUCGUGCCCGCCCCGCCCCUGCAACUGUACCCCCUGCUGCUAGAGCGCUGGUGCCGCUCAAGAGACUGUAUCCUGAAACGCCUGCUUUACCAGCUCUCACCGCUACUUAUACUGACACCCUAGAAAGCGCUUGUGCGUGGUAUCCACGUCCGACAGCGAACCCGCCGCCCAGCCCCGCCACCGGCAGCGACGGCGGCUCAGCAGCGCCUCGUCGCCGCGCCUACCGCCACUACCGCGCCAGCAACCGCCCCCCGCCCCCCACGCCCGCCUCCACCGACGCCUGCGAGUCCGAGCCCGAGCCCGCCGCCCGAGCACCGCCCCCCUCCCCCGCGCCACGACGACACUAGAGUGUUCAUAUUGCAACCGAGUAAAGUCCAUUUCACGAAAGAAAUCCCGCAGACGCAGCGCUAGUGUAUAUGCAACAGUUUAGUAAAUACCUACAGAAAUAUAUAGUUCCACAAUUUUCCGUGGGACUUGUUUCGUGAAAUAAACUCUAGUUAGCUAUACUCAUGGCGAACAAAAUGACUAGCGGAAAUGUCAUAACGCAACUCCUAAUAAAGUAGCUCGCCAACAUGCGAGUAUUUUGGGGCUACUAACGUUACUAGCUCCGCCCUCAUACACCUUGCUUAGAACCUUCCCUUUGUUUUCAAAAUAAAUCAAUCAAGACCAAUCUUUGACAGAGCGGGUUUGAUUAAACAAGGAAUCCAAACCCCUCGUUAGUUCUAGUGGACGCCGUAUAAGGCGCUUGACCUACCUUCCGUAUGAAAUCUCCUUUCAUCUUUCCUUCCUCCGUGCUCCUGAAACAACUGCCCUCAAAAGCGCCCCUACCAUCUGUAGAACCUGCAAACCGAACCAGAGCCGAGCAGUUAGCUAUACCCGUUGCUCGCGCCAUUUCAUAUACUUGGUAUUAACCCUCCCCUCCCCUCGGACUUUCUUGUAUUCCGCCAAGUCAAUCCAGUACCCAGCAACGCCUUUUUACCCAGUUAUAAGUCACUCGCCCCGUAAUGCAAACUACAACACUAGUUCCAAAUAAUAAUGUGUCAAUCGAACCAGAUAUGCGUCACAAAAAUCAGUGCGCUAAUCACUGAUUCAGUCCUCUAGUCCAAUAAAUAUAAAACAUAAGAAAUAUUCGCGCAAAAACUAGAACAAGCACAAAAUUAUUUGACACAGAUCUGGAUAUUUUGUUAUUUAUAAGCGUGUGGAAUAACUAUUUGGUGCUAUUUCACUGUUCGUGCCUCAUAAUCGUUAUAAGAAUAAAAUCUCUAUUAUUUGUAAAUAGUAUAAAAUAUUAUAAGUCGAGGAGAAACACAUAAAAAAACCUUGUAAAUAUUGUUUCAAAUGUCAUUGACAAAAAAAAAUGAGGCGCACAUAAUGCAUAUGUUAUGGACCAAGUGAUAAAUUGGGCAGUAUACAUAAUGCCCGGUCAUUAUGAAUAACGCCCAAUAUGAGAGUGCAAUUUAAUAAUAAUUAUUCAAACAAUCAAAUUGACCGGGCACUAUACAUAUUGCCCGUGACCUUUUGGGCAAAGUAAUACAAACAUAUUUAAUUUCAUUUUUUUUUAUUGUUAUUGACAUUUAACUUAAAAUAAACUAAAUAUUACACAUCCCAUAUCAAUUGACAGAGCAUAGAAGUAAGCAUGCAACAUGCAGCAAGCAUGGCUUCUGUCACGGCUCCGGCGCUGCGGGGCUCCGGCGGUCCCAUGCGAGCUUAUCGUCGCAGAUGGUUUUCACGCUCACCACCGCAGCUUCGGCUUGCUGGCCGGCAGGGCCGGCCAGCCUCAGCCGCAGCGGCGAGCCUUAAAACUACCUGCGCCUCAGCUCGCAGGCCGCCUCGCCCCUCCGCGCCUACGCGGUUUUGAAUUGCACUCUAGGGGUAGGGCAGACAAGACUACGUGGAGUCGGUUUUGCAGCGAUUCGUUUUCGUCACUAAGUUCAGUUUUUAAUACAAUGUUUUGAAUCCAAAUUAAAUUCUACCAUAAAAAAACGAGCCAAGAAAAAUAAGAUAAAAAAAACGAGGCCGAGUUAGUAAAUUAGAUGACAAUUGUCCAAUUAAUAAUUUUGUGGCUAGACUUAUAAUUUCCCAUUAAAAUAGAACAUAUAAUUUAAAACAAUAAUCAUAAAAUAUGUAGCAAGUAACAGGAUUUAUUUAUUAGAACAUCUGCCACCCUCGCACCGCAUAAAAUAUAGCUUUAUUAUCAAAUUGCCCAACUAUCAUGUAGCAAUAUAAUAAUGCCCGUGCAAUGUGAUAAAUUAUGAAGUUAAGAUAGUUAUUAAUCACUUGGCCCGAUGAAGCUGGACAUUAUUCAUAAUGCUCGGGCAUUAUAAAUAAUGCCCGAAUUAAUCACAUGGUCCAUAACACAUACACGCAUCAUUUCACAUAUCCAAAAAACUGUUUUAUUUGCUUAAAACAUCGAUUUUUAUGUGUUUCUCUGUAUGUUGUAAAUAAAAUAUUGCAAGUUUUUUAUUAAACGUAACUUACAUAUAAAUAACUAUUUGUAGGCAACAGUGUACCUACUGUACGUUCGUUGUUAUCUUCGUAAUGUCUUCUUUACACUACUCGCGAAGUCGACCGAAGUGAGAAAGCACUUCGUCUUACUUCGUUCAACUUUACCUUGCUUCAAACGACAUCACGUUGUUGAUCAAGUGUCUAUACAGUCUGCACUGCAUUUGAGUAUGCACUAAACUAAAGAUAAACCAUUUUGAUAUGACUUUUUAACAAUAUAAGUACAAUAAUAACAAUAACUUAAUUAAAUCAUUGUUUUAAGCAGUAGUUUAUUUGUUCAAUUAAGAUUGUUUUACUUAAGUGCCUACUCAAAUAGAGUAUAGUGUUCGUCUAACUUCGUCCAACUUUAGUACUUCGUCGAGUAAUUUUGCGAGUAGUGUAAAUUAGGUAAGUUAACGCCGAGAAAACUAAACCUUAAACCAGUGAUUUCCUAAUAUAGCAGUCUCUUCCUACAACGGAUGGAUAUAAGCACUAACUGUGACAUUGGUUUAUCUCGGCUUUAGUCGUUAUUGAACUUAGUUAAAAUUAUUAGAAAAAUUACCAAACUGCCCUCAAAGUGUUUAUACGUAUAGUGGUCAAGUGCCAUUACAAUUUGAACCUUGUUGAUAAGAAUUAAAACCUAUUAUUGAAGUUACAAGUCUUGCAACGACAAAGUGACAAAUUACACACUUCUAUCCAAACUUGAAUUUAACUGGUUUAUAUGCUGUUCCUCAUUAGAGCCAUGUAAAUGAAUAAAAAAAAUACACAAAAAAAUAUUACCGAAUAUUGCUUUGUUAAAAAAUUUCUUUAUGAAUCGUCUUAAUUAUUUUUAAAGAGAAUAAUUUAAAUGUCGUAUAAUGUAGCCCGUUUGGUUUAUAAUAGUUCUGUUUGCAUUCAUAUGGUAUGUUUGACCGGUAUAGACGCAAGCGCUUACAAUGAAAGUGAAAGCCCAAAUUCACCGACAGCAUAAACGUAUUUUUUUAAACCACUGUUUAUGAAAAUGAGAAAAUGCAUAGUAAACAGUAGCUUUAAGAAAACUGACGUCAAACAAUUGACUCUGUUCUGCUACGCGCGACAAAACUCCGCCAGUGUGAAAGCACUAUUAUGUCGUAUUUAAAUGUCUCUCCAACUACGUACUCAUUGUAAACGCUCGCGAAACACCAUCAACUGAACAAGAAAUUAUUUGUGAUUAUUUGCAGUUGCCAUUUAUAUUUGCAUUUAUAUAAUUUUAUGUAAAAAGCUUAGGUAGAUGAUUAGUUAAUUUUAUUUCGAUACUUAUUAUUACCUAAAUCUAAAACUGACUGAUUGUGAGAUUUUUGUAAUAAACUUUUGUACCUGUUACAA